AUGCUAUCGCUGCGAGGCGCUGGAACAAGUUUGCUCCAAAAUGGCGGAUACGUCGGCUCCUCCACUAUAAGGGCCUUAGAAUGGCCGAAAAGGAAUUGUCCUUCCAACUGGUUUAACUGCGGGAAUGGAAAGUGCAUAGCGAAGAUGUGGUUGUGCGACGAAGACAACGACUGUGGCAACUUGAAAGAUGAAGAAAACUGUGAAGGCCGCGUCCACCCCGAGAAAUGCCUGAGCAACCAGUUUCAGUGUCGGAAGAACGGACAUUGUGUACCUGAAUCUUGGCGUUGCGACGGAGAACAUGACUGUGGAGACAGCUCUGACGAGAAAGAUUGCGGUGACUCGCCGGCUUGCAUUGGCUUCACUUGCAAGGAUAACCAUUGCAUCCCAAACAAGUGGAGAUGCGAUGGGCAAGAAGAUUGUCCUGAUGGAUCUGACGAAAAAGAAUGUCCAAAUGCCAAGAAGUGCCAAGACUCGCAGUUUGCGUGUGGAUCCGGUUCUUGCCUCAAUCUUACCCAAGUGUGCGAUGGAACAAAAGAUUGCCCCGAUGCUAGUGAUGAAGGAAGCCACUGUGGAGAUUCUUGUGCUAAUGCUACAUGCUCUCACAAAUGCCGAAGCACCCCAAAAGGUCCGGAAUGCUAUUGUGAAAAUGGUUACGAACUGGAGAAGGACAACAGAACCUGUUUAGAUAUUGAUGAAUGCCUAGAAGACGGAUUUUGCAGCCACAACUGUACGAAUACUGCAGGUGGAUACGAGUGUUCUUGUUUGCUUGGAUAUCAACUGGUGAAUAAAACUUGUCAAGCAGAAGGUCCAGAACCACUAUUAGUCUUCUCCACUUUGCAAGAGAUUCGUGGCAUACAUCUCAGGAGCAAGCGCUAUUUCUUAAUUCAGAAAGCGAUUUACAAAGCGGCGGCUGUGGACGCUGAUCCGACCGAUCAAAGAUUGUACUGGGUCGAAAUUUCUAACAGAUCUUCUAUCUACUCGGCGAAAUUGGGUGGUAGUGAAUUGACUACGAUUCUCAGUAGCGGCCUUCAAAUCCCGGAGGACAUUGCUGUAGACUACAUAGGGAGAAAUCUGUACAUCACAGACUCUGGACUGAAGCAGGUGCUUGUCUGUAAAAUAGAUGGAAGUGUGUGUCACGUUCUUCAUGGCUCGAACGUAGAGAAACCACGUUCUCUGAAGUUGGAUCCGCCUAAGGGGAUUCUGUACUGGAGUGACUGGGGAAGAGAAACUGUCGGAAUCUACAAAAGUGGCAUGGACGGAUCGAACAGGACAGCAUUGGUUUCGACAAACAUUUUCUGGCCGAAUGGAAUCGCAGUCGAUCACACGACUAACCGCCUCUUCUGGACUGACGCCCGAUUGCAUUCUAUAGAAUCUAUCACUUUGGAUGGAAGUGACAGAAAGACCAUCAUCAAGGAUAGCGUACACCACCCAUACUCUCUGACUGUGUUUGAAGACAAUUUAUACUGGUCAGACUGGAACACGUUUUCUCUGGAUUCAUGCAAUAAAUUCACUGGACACAAGAUGACGCUAAUGGUUCGUGAAAAUGGAAAGCAUAUCAUGGGGGUUCAUGUUUACCAUCCUGUCCUUGCACCAGCAGCUACAAAUCCAUGUUGGUCUCACUCAUGCAGUCACAUGUGCGUUCUGGCUCCUCAAGAAACCUACCAUUGUGUCUGCCCUUCCGGUUACAAGCUAUCAAACGAUAACAGAACAUGCAUUAUGGACAAUCGAUUUCCUUCUCUGUUUGUCACAGAAGAUUUCAAAAUAUUUCACACACGUCCGGAGAUGGUUGGCAGCGAAUCUAUAUCCGUUCUUCCCGUCAAUCGAAUCAGUUCGAUCGGAAAGGUGGAGUACGAUUGGAAAUCCAGAACUCUUUUCAUUGUGGAUUUUUCCAAACCGUCUAUUGAUUAUUUCAACAUGACGUCUUUAACAGAAGGUACUUUAUUGGAGAAUCAUCUUAUUCUUCCCGAAGAUCUCGCAUUUGAUUGGUUGAGCGAUAUCCUUUACUGGGUUGAUUCUGGCAAAGGAUCGGUGGAAGUUAUUUCGAUUCGGAAUCGCAACGUGUCAACAAUCCUCGCUGAUCUGGCCAAGCCUACAGCAUUAGCAUUGGCUCCUUCUCAGGGGAUUAUGUUUGUAUCAACAAUCGACAAUUCAGAAGUUUCGAUGUACAAUAUGGAUGGUAAAAACAGGAAGUUACUUCAUCGAGUAUCAGGUUCAGUAAUAUCCGUAGCUUUACAUCCUGUCAAAAGUCGACUCUAUUGGGCAGAUAUUACUGCGGAAAAAAUAUUUUCACUUGACUACAUGGUUCCUAUGAGCGAAAUAAAAACAGAAAGGAACAGAGCUGGAAGCGUAGUAUCCAUUGCAGUAAGUGAAAAAUAUAUGUACUGGACAGAUACUAAGAAUCGCCAACUCCACCUAAAGCAAGAGAAUUCAAGCUAUGUUCAUAUAAUACCGUUACCAGGAAUUGGAAAUGCGAACGCAGCGCGAAAAAUAACUUAUACUCGUGUAUCUGAUUCAACGGAACCUCCAGUUUGUGCAGUGGCUAAUGGUGGUUGCAGUCACAUCUGCCUGUCUGCUCCAAACGGAAGGUCUUGUGUUUGUCCUCUGGGUAUGACGAUCUCUGGAGAUAAUGCGACUUGUCAGAGCAAGGAAUGCGGAAAAGAUGAUUUCCGUUGCAAGAAAAGUCAAGUCUGCAUUCCUAACAAGUAUUACUGUGAUGGAACCAUUGAUUGCAAUGAUGGUUCUGAUGAACACUACCUCAGUAGUCGCUGCGUAGGAAACGACUUCAGGUGUCGCAAUGGACGAUGCAUCCUUCAGGAAUGGAAAUGUGACCAUAGAGAUGACUGUGGUGACAGUUCGGAUGAGACAGAUUGUCCUGUCCAGACAUCCUGUGGUAAAAACGAGUUCUCCUGCGGAGGCGGAGAGUGCAUCACCAUGCUGUGGCGUUGUGAUGGAGAGAAGGACUGCAACGACAACAGCGACGAGUCCAACUGCCACGAGACGUCCUGUGACCACGAGAUGCAGUUCAGGUGUGAUCACGGGCAGUGUAUCCCGAGAUCCUGGGUUUGUGAUGGAGCCCCCGACUGCUAUGACAGCACCGACGAGAUCAAUUGCACCAUAAAUCAAAGGGCUUGCGAAGCAACACAGUUUCGCUGUGAGGAUGGAACAUGCAUCGAUAAAAUACUCGUUUGCGAUUCAAGGAAUGAUUGCCAAGAUGGCUCUGACGAAAGAAAUUGCUCAAGUAAGAAUCUUUCAUUACUGUCUGUUGUGUUUAUGUGUAUUUCAAAUAUAGUAACAUCGUGGUAUCUUCCAGCUCUCCGGCCUUGUGUUAAAGGAGAAUUUCAGUGCCCUUCGAAGCACUGCAUUCCGAGUCGUUACGUUUGUGAUGGUGACGACGACUGUCUGGACGGCGCCGAUGAAGACCCGAAUCACUGCCUUAUAUCCCUGAAACCAGUGUCUCCCCCAAAUCCUGAAGAAUGCAACGAGUUUUACUGUUACGUCAGUAAGACUUGCAUACCCUGGUCGCAAGUUUGCGACGGGCGGAGGGACUGCGAAGACUUGCCAGAUGAAGGAGGACUCUGCUCAAAACCUUGCAGCAACCACCACGGAUGUGCUCAGUUGUGCAGAAGGACACCUCAAGGUCCAAGGUGCGACUGCAACAGUGGCUUCAUCCUGACUGCAGACGAAAAGACCUGCGUCGAUUUGAACGAAUGCCUGAUACCGGGUCGGUGCAGUCAUUUCUGCAACAACACAAAGGGCGGCUUUAAAUGCAGUUGUGCCGAUGGCUACAUCUUGGAACGGGACCACAGGAAAUGCAAAGCAGACGGUGGAUCUGCAACCCUUGUCUACAUGCUUGAGGAUGAAAUCAGGGGGAUUGAUCUUGGCAGUUUGUCUCAGAGGGUGUAUCUUAGUCAUGAAUCUUCAAAUAUGAAAGGAAUAGACUUUGAUGCAGAGGAAGACGUUUUCUUUUGGUCUGACGGUGGCAAGGGAACUAUCAACAGUUACAACCUCAAUGCCAGAAAGAAAUUGGAAUUGAUUAGAGACGACCGAAAACCGUCUUACAUUCGGCGAGACUGGAUCACAAAAAACAUCUACUACCCAAACGAUCACGGUGCUAUUAAAGUGUGUAACAAAGAUGGAAGUUUCUGUGCUACUCUUCUGGAAAAUAUAGCUCCACACAUAAACAGCUUUGCUAUUUCACCACCAAACGGAUUAAUGUUCUGGAGCGUAUGGGCUGCAGUGAGGCACAAAGAACAUGCCGUCAUUGAAAGAGCGGAUUUGGAUGGGUCCAACAGAGUGGCCAUCGUUUUCGAGAAGAUAGUGUCUCCAAACGCUAUUACCGUCGACGAAAUUUUGAAGCUGAUUUUCUGGACAGACUCGAAGCUCAAUACUCUGGAAUACUCAGAUUUUCACGGUCUUCAAAGGAAAGUGGUUUAUUCUGGCGAUAUGUUCUAUCCAUACAGUAUGGCUAUUUUCGAAGAUUUUGCCUAUUGGGCUGAUUGGGGGACGGACACGAUUUUUAAAUGUGACAAGUUCACCGGCAAGGAAUAUCUUGAAUUCCACAAAGGGAACAUCAGAGCGGACGAUAUGAUGGUAGUCCACAAAGUGAAGCAACCGAAAAGAGAGAACAGAUGCGAAGGCAAAUGUACUCAAUUGUGCCUGCUAACUCAGACGAGUUACACUUGCAAAUGUGGAAAUUCGUACAUCAUGCGCAACUCUUCCUGCAUUUUCCAACCGACACCGAAGCCAACACACGAACCCAAAUUAUCCUGCCCUGAUUCUUAUUGUGAACAAGACGCCCGAUGUGUGGCCGUGGGAGGAGAGUUCAGCUGCUGGUGUCCUGACGGUUUUACUGGCGACAGGUGUGAAAUAAAGAUUGCCGAGAGAAAAAAAUCUUAUGACUACAGUUGGGUGGUCAUGCUCGUAUUCUCGAUCUUCAUUAUCACUUCGAUCGUGAUAUUGUAUCUACUGUGCAAGAAAGAUAAAGAGAAGAUCAAUAAAGUAACUGAAAGUGUGGCUGUCAGGUUUCGCAACCCCAUCUUUGGCCGGAAAAGGGGUCAGUUGGUCCUCGACGAGGAUGGUGACAGCGCCUGCACCGAACUCGUGAUCGCCACGAAAGGAUAUUACAAAAAAAUUGAGUUCGGCUAUUUCCUUUCCAACCCCUUGUUUGGAAAGAACCCCCACGAAAGGCACCCCCAGAGGUAUCCUUUAACUUGA